GACUAGUCUGAAAAUCUCUGCUACGGGAGGCCCAUUAAUGGAGGUGGCUCUGAUUUUCAAAACAAAUGCUAGUAAUAAUUUAUGCUGAUUCUUUAGCAUUUAUCAGUAACAUUUCCAGGCGUCACCAUAAUUUUGACCGCCAGUACAUAGUCAUAUACGGAAAGUAAACAAGCAGUUAAGCAUUGUGAAGAACCACACUAUCUGUUCUCGAUUAUUUUCACCUGAAGGCAAGCUCAUGUGACCUAUGACGCGCAGUUCUUAUCCGAAUCAUAACUUCCCUGCUAUUGACAGGCUUAGCAGAACGAAUAGGGGAUGCGGAUUUACAGACCUCUGUUUCUUUCGAAGAUUACCAAAGAAAGCUGGCUUCUGUAGAGCUUUCUCGAGCUGAAAUGCUGUGCUGGGGUAGCACGGCUGCUGGCCAGCUUGGAUUAGGAGACACAGUUAGCACUGUUUCCGAGCCGAGGAGCUGCGAAGUGUUCAAUGGAAGGGGGCUGAAGGAUAUUGCCUGCGGGGGACACCACUCUGUUUUCCUGUUAAGUGAAGGGAGCGUCUAUACAUGUGGCUCUAACAGCUGCGGUCAGCUGGGACACGAGAAGGGAGGCAGUAGACCAGAGGUGGUAGCAGCGCUGGAUGCCCAGAAGAUUGUUGCAGUAUCCUGUGGAAAGGCUCAUACUCUGGCUGUAAGCGAACAGGGCCAGGUCUUCUCCUGGGGAGCGGGAAGUGAUGGCCAGCUUGGUCUUGGCACAACUGAAGAAGCUGUUAAAGUACCAAGGUUGAUUAAGAAGUUGUGUGAACACAGAAUAACUCAAGUAAUGUGUGGCAGCCAACACUGCAUAGCUCUCUCAAGAGACGGGCAGCUCUUCACUUGGGGACAGAAUUCAAAUGGACAGCUUGGCCUGGGGAAAGGGGAGCCAAGUAAACCAUCCCCCCAGCCUCUGAAGUCUCUGUUGGGGAUCCCGUUGGCUCAGAUUGCUGCAGGGGGAGACCACAGCUUUGCUGUCUCGCUAUCAGGGGCUGUUUUUGGCUGGGGGAGAAACCAUGCAGGACAGUUAGGACUCAAUGAUGAACAAGAUCGGGCUGUUCCUUGCCAUGUCAAGUCUUUAAGAUCACAGAAAGUAGUUUACAUCAGCUGUGGGGAAGAGCACACAGCAGCCCUAACAAAGGAUGGAGGUCUGUUUACAUUUGGAGCUGGUUCCCAUGGACAGCUGGGACACGACUCUACAAACAAUGAGUUCCUCCCGAGACGGGUCCUCGAGCUCAUGGGCAGUGAGGUCACUCAGAUUGCCUGCGGCAGGCAACACACACUAGUGUUUGUGCCUUCCUCUGGUCUGGUCUAUGCAUUUGGGUGCAACAGCAAAGGACAGUUGGGAAAUGGCUGUGUGGGUAUCGCUAAAAGCCCACAACCUGUUAAAGGGUCCUUGGUUGCCCACAAAGGACAACUUUCACCAUUGUCAGAUAAGUCCGAACAGUAUACCAUUAGAAGAAUUCACUGUGGUGGUGACCAUAAUUUUUUGAUGUGUUCAAAAUGUGAGAAUUCUGUUACCCCUGAAGAUUUCCGUAUUAUUCAUUGUACAAAGAGUAUCUCAGUAAUAAACAAUGACAAUUUAAACUUGUGGAGACAGAAGCUGAUGGAGAAUAUUGAUUCCAAUGCUGUCAACGAUAUAAUCCUUCUGCUUUCUUCCACUGCAUGUUGGAACGCAAGUUUUCUUGAUCAAAUCAAUGACGGCCAUUUUAAAACCAACCCUAAAAUCCCUGGGAUUGAUCUUAACUCGGUCAGGUUGUUAUUCAAGACAUUGAUGAAGCCCCCAUAUUCUAGAUUACUAGAACAGGCAACAAAGAGUUUUGAAAGCCUCUUGAUUCCUCAGCUCUCCUGCUCUCCCCCAGAUGUUGAGGCUAUGCGGAUCUAUCUGAUUCUGUAUGAGUUCCCUGUUCUUAACGACUCCAAGUAUUAUAUCACGCUAACAGUUCCUUUGGCCAUGGCAAUCCUUCGUUUGGACACAAACCCUAGCAAAGUACUUGAUAACUGGUGGUCUUCGGUGGAUUCUGAAGUUUUUACUCGACUUGUGGAGAUGUAUAAGCGGACAGUGGUUUUUCUGUUGAGCGGAGGGAAAGCUUUGUUAAUCCCUGUGUUUUUAGACAGUUACAUCAAUGCUGCACUUAAGCUUUUAGAGAAACUGCACAAGGUGAAUUUAAAGGCUCAGCACGUUGAAUAUGACCAAUUUUACAUACCUGGCUUAACCAGCUUGGUGGAUAUUCAGGAAGACUACCUGAAGUGGUUUUUAAACAUGGCUGAAAAUAACUCUGUGACACUGUGCGCCUACCCAUUUAUAUUCAACGCUCCAGCAAAAACCAAAAUGCUGCAGACAGAUGCUGAGUUACAGAUGCAGAUAGCUGUAAAUGGAGCUAACCUGCACAAUGUCUUCAUGCUGCUGACACUGGAGCCUAUGCUGGCCAGAAACCCCUUUCUGGUACUCCAUGUGCGCAGGGUCAGUCUGGUCAGCGACACCCUCCGUGAGCUCAGCAUCUGCUCCGAUGUUGACCUCAAGAAGCCGUUAAAGGUGAUUUUUGAUGGAGAGGAAGCUGUAGAUGCAGGAGGGCUUACGAAGGAGUUCUUCCUCUUGCUUCUCAAAGAGCUGCUGGACCCGGUCUAUGGAAUGUUCACACAGUACAAAGAAUCAAACCUCCUCUGGUUUUCAGACAAAUGUUUUGUAGAACACAACUGGUUCCACUUGAUUGGUAUAAUUUGUGGGUUGGCGAUAUACAACUCCACUGUGGUGGACCUGCACUUCCCCUUGGCCCUCUACAAGAAGCUCCUGGGUGUGCAGCCCACUUUGGUGGACUUAAAGGAACUGUCCCCAACAGAGGGAAGGAGUCUUCAGCAGCUCCUUGAUUACCCAGGAGACAAUGUAGAAGAGACCUUCUGCCUGAAUUUUGCAAUUGCUAGAGAGAACUAUGGACUGACAGAGAUUAAAGAGCUAGUGCCUGGAGGAGACAACAUUACUGUGAAAAAGUCAAACAGGCAAGAAUUUGUGGAAGCAUAUCUUAACUACGUCUUUAAUCAGUCUAUUGAGGAGCUGUACCUUGCAUUCUCAAGCGGCUUCCUGAAGGUCUGUGGAGGUAAGGUCCUGUCGCUGUUCCAGCCUUCCGAGCUGAUGGCAAUGGUCGUGGGGAACAACAAUUAUAACUGGGAGGAGAUGGAGAAGAAUGCUGUAUACAAAGGUGAAUACUCAGCAUCACAUCCUACAGUCAAAAUAUUCUGGGAAGUAUUCCAUGGGUUUGAACUGGAGAAGAAAAAGCAAUUCUUGUUGUUCUUGACAGGCAGUGACCGCAUCCCCAUAUAUGGCAUGGAGAGCCUGCGGAUAGUCAUUCAGUCCACAUCAGCAGGAGAGCAGUACCUGCCUGUGGCUCACACCUGCUACAACCUAUUAGAUCUGCCUAAAUACCAGACCAAAGAGAUUCUCAGGAGGAGACUUACCCAGGCCAUUGAACAGUAUGAAGGAUUCAGUCUGGUGUAAAAACACAUUUAAAAAAUUGGUUCCAGUUUUUGACAUCUGGACCAGCAAUGCACUUUAUUAGGUAUGUAAAGAAACUUUUGGAAAUUAACAGAAAAAAAAAUGUGCACUAUGUAUUGUGGGGAAGUGGUAAAGGUUUAUGUAAUACAAAACAACAGAAAACUUUGAAAAUCAUUCCCAAAAAUACAUUAUAGUUGUGUGCAUUGGACCAACCAUUAUAUACCCCUGUAUGUAUUUUGAAUUUGAGCUUUUUUCAUUAUCACAAGGAAUGAUGGAUAGUAACCCCUCACUGGAGAUUCCAGCUAGCUAUUUUUUUCUUAUUUUUAAGUUUAGUUUUUUGUUUUUUCCUGCUUUUAUUCAGUGUUGUUUUGCUGCUGUACUAUUUUUUUGUUUCCCAGAAAAUACAUUGUGAUCUCUAUGUAUACCAAAUGGCAGAUCCUUCAGCAAGUUACCAGUUAUCAAUAAUUACGUUUAUUGUUAAGAGCAAGUUUCAGUUUCAUCUCUCGUAAAUCAUGCGAUAUAAAUAGAUACUCUGCUCGGACGGCAGAACAAGUGGUUUACGAGAAUGCACUGUGUGAUCUGCUGGUCCAACAUCACUUUGAUUAAUUCUUAACGCUAACACACUCUGUCAUGUAUCAGCUCUCUAGAUUAGGAAUGGGAAUCAUUGAUUCAAAUUAUUAUUGUCUAAGCCCAAUAUAGACAUCACCAUUUCCCAUUUGAAACAAUUUGCUUAGCUGUUUUAUUAUGUAACGGUAGUGUCUUCUGUGAGGGAUUAAAUAAAGUGACACAAGUACUUACUGUACCACUCAUGGACUCAUGACUUCUAUUUGUUAACAUUUACUGCAGCUACAGCGUGGUGUCAGAUUUCACUUUUUUUUUUUUUUUUUUUUUAAGGCGGUACUCUGAUUACACUAUGUAACACAAUUUUUGUUCCUGGGU